AUGGAUAUUGUUGCUGCUGCAGCUGACGAAAUAAUUGGAACUUCUCAUAAUCAAUUAAAUGGUGAUCAUGGAAGUUACAGUCCAACUUUUGAAAAGAAAUUAAUUGAGGAAAACCGUUACGAUGGAUACUGGGUUGAAGCUUUUCAAUUUGAUAAUCAAAGUGUUAUAGGAUUAAUAGCGUUUGGACUUAAUAGUGAAGAAAUAAAUUUUUAUCAAAAUCCAUCCAUAACAACACAAUCAGGCAACCGUACUCUUAUUCAAAAGUUCAAUGGUCCAGUAGCCAUGGAUCAAGCUGAUAUAACAGGUGAUGGUCUUAAUGAUAUUCUUAUCUGCUUUCAAUAUGGUAAUACAAUGCUAGACAGCGAUCCUGAAGGAGGAAAGAUUGUUUGGUUAGAAAAUCCUGGACGAAAUGUCGAUAAAGACCUAUGGAAAAUGCAUUAUGUAGGAAGAUCCACAGCUAUGCAUAGAUUUAAAGUUGGUCAUUUUACACAAACGAAACGUUGGGAAAUUUUAGGUUUACCUAUUGCUAGCAAGCCAUAUGAUUUAGUUUCGGCAGUGCCUAUAUUAUUAUUUCGACAACCUGAUGAUUUACUCAAUGCUACCGAAUGGCCUUUUGAAAUAAUUGAUCAGGAUUUUUUUCAUUUAAUUCAUGAUGCAACACGAUUUAAUAAUGAUCAAUUAGAUAGUCUUCUUGUUGCAUCACGCGAAGGUAUUAAUUGGUUUUAUUUUAAUCAAAAUUUGAACAAAUGGAUGAUUGAGAAUAUUGGACAUGGUGAACAAGAACAAAAACAACAGACAACUUAUUAUGGUAGUGGUGGCAUCGAUUUUGGACGAGUUGGAAAUGAUUCUUUUGCUUAUUUGGCUGCUAUAGAACCUUUUCAUGGCAAUGUGAUUGCAGUCUACAUUAAAAGCAUGGACAAUUCGUUGAAAAAUAUCUAUUGGAACAGAUAUAUACUGGAUAUCUAUGGAUAUCCUAAUGAAUAUGGCGAAGGUCCAGCUCAUCAUCUCGUGUGUGCUGAUUUUGACAAAGAUGGAGAUUAUGAAUUUUUAGUUGCACUUCGUGGUCCAUCUCCAAAUCAAGGUGUCUUUUUGUAUAAGGCAAUUGAUCUCUCGCGCGGUUUAUUCGCCAAAUGGAAAGUUAGCGAAGAUUCAGCUGCUAGAAUUGCCGUUGCCGAUUUCGACUAUGAUGGUCUUCUUGACUUUGCAACUAUUAGCUACAGUGUUCCUGGUUAUUACAUAGCAAAAAAUCCUUCUAUUAGCAUCUUUUAUAAUCGAUUCGCUCAAAAUGAAUUACAAGCUAAAAAAGAAAUACAGGUAGUGAAGCAAAACAAUGAUCUUUUAUUCAAAGUUCCAAGAUCAAACAAAGCAUCUCAAUAUCAAACCCUACCAUUUAUUACAAUAGAUGGAAUAACUUUAUCAUUAGAAAUUCUUCCACCUCAUAGUUCACGUCAUGUAGACAACACCACUUAUAUUAAAGUUCUUUCUGGAAGAAUAAUUUGGACUGAUUCUUCGAAAAAAUCACAUCAACCUGUCAAUCACUCACGCACAUUUCUCUUUAAGCCAAGAACUGCUGCAUCUCUUGAGAUACAUAGUGAUAAUGAUAGAAUUGCAACUGGAAGUGAAGGUGCUCUUCUGAUUGUAUUUGAAACACGUGAUAAAAGUAAUAACAUUCAUCGAAUCGAAGAUAUUCAAAAAAUUCUUAUUGAGAACUCAUUACCAGAAUACUCUCCUCAAGAUGCUCGUAAGCUUACUUUUCAAUUUAUCAGAUAUGAUCAAUAUGACUCAGCACAACAGUUCAAAGGUCUUGAAUUUUACAAUAUGAAAGGUUUUAGAAUAAAAUUUGCUGAUAACGACGAACAGCUUUGUUACAUGCAAAUGUGGGCUGCUGGACAGGGUGUUAAUGCUGGUGUACACAAUCAUGCAAAGGAUUUCUUCUGCGAAACUCAUGUCUGUCUUAUAAAUGGAAGUGGACAAGGCGGUAUACAUUAUCUUAAUGACUCCAAGGAAGAUUACGAUCCACUUACUACACCAGACUCAGUAUUCGAAAAGUUAAUAGUACCAUCUUUUUAUGAACAGGGUCCUCUAUGGGAAAUCGAUGCACAAAAUAAACCAGUUUUGCGAAAUGAUAGUACUGUAGUUUAUCCUUGGCACAAGUGGCAAGCUGGCAUCGAUAGAUCGUUCAAUCAAUCAUAUGAUGUUUGGAUAGUUUUUGAAUUCAAUAGUCAACUGUCAACGCUGCCUUCUUAA